AUGCGAGACUCUGCGGUGGGCUGGCACGGAGAGCUCCCAUGUGGAAAAUGGGCCUGUGACUGUAUCUUCAGGCGUCAGACGGGGUGCUGUUGUGUGGCUAACAGGUUCUACCAGAUAGAGGAAGAGACUUUCAAGAACCUGGUAGAGAUCUGGGACAGUAUCACCCAUCUGAGCAGCGACAUCAGCACAGUCGUAGAUGGAAUGAGGGUAGCGUUUACGGCGACGAUGCGCCCCCCACUCUACCCUGAACGCUGUUUUGGCCCCUUCACCCGCAACGUGCCCAUUCCCUACAGCAUCAUCACCCUCAAUGACGGCAACGCAUACAAUCCUUCGUUGGGCACCUUCACCGCGCAGCGGGCCGGCCUCUACUCCUUCGCCUUCACCGCCUACUCCGACAUCGUGACGGCAGGGCUGAGGCUCUACCACAUGGUGCAGCUGACGAAGAACGGCGAGGCCAUGACGGGGGUGUGGGAAGACAACCGGGAGGACGCGGAAGACAGCGCCACCCAGACGGUCCUCCUGCAGCUGCAGCCCGGAGAUCAGGUCUACGUCGAGCUUAUGUCCGGGAGGUACAUCUGCAACGACCACAACCAGCGCAACACCUUCUCCGGGUACCUGCUGUACGUCUUCUAGGAGCAGUCUGGCACCACCUAACACCAAGAAGCACAUACUGAUGCUGCUUGUUCCUGAAUCAAAGACAGAGAAUGAAACACUGAAGGACUGACAAUAUGUUAUGUCAUUCAAAGCAAAAAAAAAAAGACACGUUCAUAUUCUAGAAUAACUCAGCCUAGGAAGGUUUCCUUAACCUUUAACAAGAACAUUAAAAUCACACAAAGGGCAAAACAUUUCACCACAGAUAUGAUUAUACAAUCAAUGAAAUACUCAUGCUUACGGUAAAUGAUUCAUUUUCACUAAGACUGUUCUCAACCCUGUUCGCCAUAACUUUUCUUAGUGCUACCACUCAGCAUGUAUCUAUAUACAGUUUCUGUAAUUGGCAAAAUUGCAAAAAUAUUCCUAAGAUAGAUGCGCUUGGAUUAAAUGAAGGAAAUGAGAGGGAAUGGGUAGCAACGACCUGGUGUGUCAUACCAAACCUGAACUACAAUAAAGGUCAUUUUUUUGUUGCAAGGAUGAGUUUGUUAAAUAGCUAAAAACAGACUUAAAAUCUUUAACAUCGUACGGUAGCACUUAAUAAUAAUAA